GACUCAUUCUAUAAAUCGUGGUCAGAAGGUGUUGUGUGAAGGAAAUUUUUCGCGAUACUACUGUCUGUCGUUUCGGUGCGAUACGGGCAGAUUUUCAGGUGAAAAUUUAGUUCGUUAUGAAGACGGGACGAAAGAAAACAGUUGUAGUGUGAAGUUUUUCUUUCGGUUCUUUUUUCAACUCCCCUUUGUGAAUUCCGUGCGUUUCGCGUGCGUGUGUGUGCGUGAGUAACGCAAAAGUCAAUAGGGGAAGAAUAAGUUAGCAAAGAAGCAGACGGACUUUUUCAAUCGAGCAAGGAACAGCGGGCUGCGAUUUCUCGUAGUUGGAAGCGGAAGAACCCGUGUACUUCGUUCUUCACGGAAAAACUUAGAGCCUAGAAGGGCCCACAGCACAUCGCAGUACAGAUGGCGUUAAAAAGAAUUAACAAGGAACUACAAGACCUGGGGAGAGAUCCACCUGCACAAUGCAGUGCCGGACCGGUAGGAGAUGAUUUAUUUCACUGGCAGGCAACAAUCAUGGGACCGCCGGACAGUCCGUACCAAGGAGGUGUAUUCUUCUUAACUAUACAUUUCCCCACAGAUUAUCCAUUCAAACCACCCAAAGUGGCUUUUACAACACGCAUAUAUCACCCUAACAUAAACAGUAAUGGUUCGAUUUGCCUCGACAUUUUACGAUCUCAAUGGUCACCUGCAUUAACUAUAUCGAAAGUGUUGUUAUCUAUUUGCUCUCUGCUAUGUGAUCCUAAUCCAGACGAUCCACUCGUACCAGAGAUUGCUAGAAUAUACAAAACCGAUCGGGAAAAGUAUAAUGAGCUUGCGCGGGAGUGGACAAGAAAGUAUGCUAUGUGAUGCGUUCCAGAAGAUAACUUAGAAAUCAACAAAAACAACAACAACAACAACAGCAACCAGAGAACCAACAGUAACCACAGCAACAGCAAGCAACACCCACUUGUAUCAGAAUUUCUACUUGUUCUACUCCUUCUACUACUACUGCUCCACCCGUUGCCACUCAUUCGCAAUGAUGAUGCCGAGGAUAAUGAAGCUGUCGUCGUCACUGCAAUUGACAGUGAUGAUGGCCUUUCCGAUAGCAGCAGUGACAGUGUGACUCCCUCUUUUUCUUCGAUUACAACAAUCAGCCCGGGUUUCCGUCGCCGGUCCCUCCUCCCUGUUUCCUGCCGUCGUUGUCGUCGCCGUCACCGUACUCGUCCCUGUAACUGUAAACAUCCACGCACUGAUCAUUGGCUGGAUGGACGCCAGGAGUACCGAGGAGAUGAGCAGCAGCAAGAACAACAACAAUAUGCAAACGAUACGUUUUCUAUUAUUUAUUAACAUACAUACCAACAGAUUAAUGUCAUGAUAAUCAGCUGGAUAACAACAAGAAAAAAGAACAAGAUCCUGAACCCGCUACUGCAGAAGAAAGCUGAAAACAAAAGAAAAACAGUAAAUAAAUCUAUUGAUUACUCGUAAAAAAAACCAAUAA